AUGAUUGGAAACACCGUGUCUCGUGAAAUUGAAUCAUUCUAUAAUGAUUAUUAUAUAUCUAAAUUCUUCACCAAUUCAUUUCCUAAUUUUAGCUAUGACUUAAUUAUUCAAAUCUUUAAACUCCUUUCUAUUGAACAGAUAUUAUUGUUACAGUCAUUAUCUCAAGAUGAAUAUAUUAGAAGCCUUAAAAUUAAAGAUAUCACUAGCGAAAGGUUGGUGCUCAGUCACCUUUUCGUAGAGAUCGCUGAGGAUGAAUUAGAAGAGUAUAUGCAAAAAUGCCAAAAAGAAUUUGUUAACUCGUUGUCAAAUGCUCUGCUAUAUAACAAGACAGUAGGAAACAUAAUACCCAUAUCAAUUGAGAUAAAUGACACUGGUGCUUUCCCUGUCAAAUAUAUUGAGAAAUUAUUGUCGAAAGCAAAGUUUCAUUUGAAGUUAACUUUAGUGAAUCUACCCUUUGCCGAAUGUAAAAAGCUAGAGAAAUUUAGGUAUGCCAGUAGUGUAAGUGAACUUAACUUGAGAGGCAUACGUUACCAUUCCCCCAAAGAUAGAGAUUCUAAUUUGAAUUUGUCAAGAUAUGUAAAUAUACAAGAAUUGAAGGAAUAUUCGGAAAGUAAUUUAUCAGUGAUAUUAUCUUCAGCUAUUCCUUAUAAACUUUCUUCUUUGAUUAUUAACGAUCUUGUUGAGGGAAAUCAUAUAUCAAGGCUUGAAAAUUUAACAUCGCUAUCUUUACAUUUAACUGAUAACAUGGACUUCGAAAUAAAGCAGUUACCCAGGAGUCUAAUUUCUUUAGAAUUAGCAAGUGGAAGUGGAUUUAUCUACAUAAGUUCAAGCAAUGACUGGCCACAAAAGCUAGAGAAUUUGGUAUUACGUUCUACAAAUCUUUUUCAAAUGACUUUUCAUAACUUGCAGUUUUAUAAACUUCCCCCCAGCCUACGAACUUUCGAUUUUUCUGUCAGUUAUCCUUUCAAUAUUUUACCUCAAUUACCUGAUUUGUUGAAAGUUUUGAAAGUUGAAUUACCUAGCCCCCUGAGUUACAGAGAUUUUUAUUCUGAAGCUUCACUUCCAUAUCUAAAAAGGUUGGUUAUUCAUAAUGACUUUUGGGAAAAUGAUAAACGUAUCAUUAAAUUCACUAGUGAAUUAGAAUCAUUGAAGUUAUGCCAUAUGAAAUUUCCAAUACCUGAAGUUGAUUUUCAUGUUAUGCGGUUUUCUCUAAAAGAAUUAAGAAUAGUUCAUUAUAAUGGCGAUACUGCUCUUGAAAAUUUAAACUUUAAUCAAUUUCAAAAUUUAUCUGUCAUUUAUUUAAAGGAUUGUAAAAUCAAUCACCUAAAAUAUUUCUCACCACCUAGUUCCUUAAAAACAUUGGAAAUAUAUGAAUGUCCUAUUUCAUCAAUUGAAGAAAGUUGUCCUAUAUUUAAAGACUCAUCAAAUUAUUCAUUCUUAACAGAGAUCAAAAUCAAUUCUUGUCCAAUCAUAUUAAUUUCACCCAAUUUAGAAUUACCAUCGAAAUUAGAACAUUUGUCAAUCGUUGGUAGAACAGGGAGUCUAACAAAUUGUAUUCAUAUCGGCCCAUCAAUUCUCAAUCAUAAAUCCUUAACCUAUUUAAGACUAGGAAUCACACCCUCUCUUUGUUUGCAUUGCUUUCCCGAUAAAAAAUGUCAAACUAAGUUAAGAUUUUUAAAGUUAAUAGUUCCAAGAAACAUAUCCUCUGAGCUUAGUUCCAUUAGUUCUAAAAUUGGCAAAUACAUGGGGAACCACGAAAUUAGAAGGAAUAAAGUAGGCAAAACAUUCGUGAUAACAUUGGAUUUUAGCAUCUCUCGAACACUAUUUUAG